AUGCCUCCGAAAAAGAAAGCCGGCAAUCCGGGAGGGCCGAAGCCAGGCACUAAACAGGCCAAGGCUGCCGCGGAGAAUAAGGACAAGAAACCUGCUGCCGACGCCGCGCCCGAAGAGCCCAAAAAGCCAUCUGUGAAGGAAGUGAUUGGCGGCGCAUCAUGGACUGGCAAAUUACCUGUCAAUAUGCUCUCGGAGCAUUGCCAGAAGCAAAAAUGGGAGAAGCCAGAGUAUAGCAUGAUCAAAACCCCAGGUGGUCAUGUAUCCGCCGUGACGAUGAAACGAGUAGACCCGAAGACUCACGAAACGACUGUACUGCCUCCGAUGAAGCUGCCUCCAUCUCACAAAGAACUGGCAGCCCAAGCGACAGCGCUCGAAGCUCGCCAUUUCGCGGCCGCGUGGGCGCUCUUCCGCGUAUGCAACAUGCGCAAUAUCCACCUGAUGAUGCCACCAAAAUACAAAAAGCUGUGGAAGGAGGACUUUGUUGAGAUUAAGACGGCGGAGACCCGCGAGGGUAAGGGAUGGCUGUAUGAGGCGGAUCCGUUCUUAGCCAAGCUGGAACGGGAGAGUGCGGCCGCCGAUCUGGAAAAGAAACGGGCUGAACGUGCAAAGGCGCAAGCUAAGGAGAAGGUCUCGUCGACAGACCUUGGCCUUGGAGGUGGCGAUGCUAAGAGCAAGCGCAUUUGGUCACAGGCACCCAAAGUUGAAAUGGGCACUCGCAUCCGACGCGAGAUUGAAGGACUUUUGCGCCAGCAUACAACCUGGAAUCCAUACGAGGUCAAGGUUCCCGAGGCUGAGAAGAAAGCUGCUGUUGAGGAAUAUUCCAAACUAGGAUUCCGUCGAAGUCACGUAGAAGAAGCUGUGGCGGUGUGCAAAGAUCGUGAGGAAGUUCUAGAAUGGCUUUUGGUAUAUGUGCCUGAGGACGACCUGCCUCGGUGGUGUUUACCCGAGGGAUACUCAGCUGGUGUCAGCCUUGCGUCUGCAGAUCUAGCACGAGAAGCAAAAAUCAAGCGUCUUGCUUCAAUUGGCUAUCCUGCUGAUCUUUGCUCUCAAGUCCUUGAUGGUAAAGAUGGCGAUGAGCUUGCAGCUGCAGAGUACUUACAAAGUACCUUGGCGCAUGGUUCUGAAUUCGCAUCUGCUUCAAUUCCAGAAGGGAUUCCAGAAGCAUGGGCUGAGGAACAAGAUACUCUGGAAGCAAUCUUUGGGGAGCGCUACAUUCGUGUUUCGCCGAGAGUAUGUGAAAUUAAAAGCGAGGCCCCCGAGAUUCCAGAGAAUACUACGUUCCGUUUCCAAGAGCCAUCUUCGCAUUAUCCCUCUGUCGCUCCAGUGAUAUCCAUUCAAGCAAAGGGAAUCCCAGCUUACAUCCGGCUCAGCGCUAUUCGCCGAGCUGUACAGUAUGCCGAGGAAAAGUUUUCUGGCGAAUCUAUGAUUUUUAACAUCAUGGAUUGGUUAGAGAUGAAUCUUUCUCAGAUAAUGGAGAAUCCAGGCAGACUUCGUGAGAUCUCGGCCGUGACAGCUUCACCGGCUGUGGAGACUCAUGAGAUUCCCGUGCGCAACUCUCGCAAACAGCGUCGGGGCAUUGACUGGAAGGCCAACUCCCCGGCAAGUCUUGCAAUGCUAGAUGCAUGGGAAGCCAAGCAAAACAGCACUGCUCAGCUUGAGAUGUCUCGCAAGAGACAGUCACUGCCUGCCUGGAACACUCAGUAUUCCAUUAUUGAUACCGUUAACUCUCAUCAGGUCACCAUCAUAUCUGGUGAAACUGGUAGCGGUAAAAGUACACAGUCUGUACAGUUCGUGCUUGACGACAUGAUUCAGCGAGGCUUAGGAGGUGCCGCAAACAUUAUUUGCACGCAGCCCCGCCGUAUCUCAGCUUUAGGUCUAGCUGAUCGAGUUAGUGAUGAGCGAUGCUCAACCGUCGGCGACGAGGUUGGAUAUGUGAUCCGUGGUGAAUCAAAAGCCAAGCCGGGUGCAACCAAGAUUACAUUUGUGACAACCGGUGUCCUGCUCCGCCGUAUCCAAUCAGGCGGUAGCGCCGAUGGAAACGUCGCCAGUUCUUUGGCGGACGUUUCGCAUGUGGUGGUCGAUGAAGUCCACGAGCGAAGUCUUGACACCGACUUUCUCCUGGCUCUACUACGGGAUGUUCUCAAGUAUCGCAAGGAUUUAAAGGUUAUUCUCAUGAGUGCCACGCUUGACGCCAAUAUCUUUAUGAACUAUUUUGGUGGGCCUAAAGCCGUUGGUCUAGUGAAUAUCCCAGGACGGACCUUCCCGGUGGAUGAUUAUUAUUUGGACGAUGUCAUUCGGGAUACUGGAUUCGCUCCUGAAAUGGAUGAAUGGGACGAGGAUAUGGAACCCUCCCAAGAUGAAGUAUCUUUGGGUAAAACUCUGCGCAGUAUCGGAAUGGGCAUCAACUAUGACUUGAUCUCAUCCACUGUCAAGUUCAUCGAUGCUCAAUUAGGAGAUCGCCCUGGAGCAGUCUUAAUUUUCCUGCCAGGAACAAUGGAGAUUGAAAGAUGCCUAACAGCUAUCAAAAGAAUCCCCAAUGUGCACCCACUGCCUUUGCAUGCAUCUUUACUUUCAGCAGAGCAGCGCCGUGUUUUCCAAAGUCCCCCAAGGGGCAAGAGAAAGAUUAUUGCGGCCACCAAUGUGGCAGAAACAUCUAUCACCAUCGAGGAUGUAGUUGCCGUUAUUGACACCGGUCGAGUCAAAGAAACGAGCUACGAUCCCAAAGACAACAUGGUCCGACUUCAAGAGGUCUGGGCAUCACAGGCAGCCUGUAAACAGCGACGUGGUCGAGCUGGUCGUGUCCGCGCCGGAACUUGCUACAAACUAUACACUCGCAAAGCCGAGGCCCAGAUGGCUCAACGACCAGAUCCUGAAAUUCGUCGCGUCCCUCUCGAACAACUGUGCCUGUCCGUGAAAUCCAUGAAGGGUAUUGAUGAUGUCGCCACCUUCCUAGCCAAUACAAUCACUCCGCCAGAAAGCAUAGCUGUCGAGGGCGCCCUCAACUUCCUACAUCGGGUCGGAGCCCUAGAUCACGACCGUCUAACCGCACUAGGCCGAUAUCUUUCCAUGAUCCCGGCAGAUCUUCGUUGCGCCAAGCUCAUGAUCUACGGCUCAAUCUUCGGCUGCAUGGAACCCUGCCUCACAGUUGCAGCCAUCUUAACAGUCAAAAGUCCAUUCGUGUCUCCCCGCGACAGACGCGAUGAAGCCAAUGCCGCGAAAGCUACUUUCUCCCGUCCAGGAGAUGGCGAUCUUCUCACAGAUCUAUCAGCCUAUCAGUCCUGGUCUGACUGCGUCCGUACCCAAGGUCACUGGCAAUCACAGGCGUGGUGCGGUGAUAACUUCUUAUCCCACCACACCCUCCGUGAUAUCUCGUCCAACCGAGCUCAAUUUGUUACAUCCCUCAAGGAUGCUGGUCUCCUACCAGUAGAAUACAACGAUGGCGCAAAUUCUUGGAAUCGCAACGCCUCCAACCGGAACCUCAUCCGUGCACUCAUCGCAGGUGCCUUCCAGCCACAAGUUGCGCAGAUCUCGUUUCCAGAUAAGAAAUUUGCCGCCUCGGUCACCGGUACUGUCGAGGUUGAUCCGGAUGCCCGGACAAUCAAGUACUUUAACCAGGAAAAUGGACGUGUUUUCAUUCAUCCUAGCUCGAUCCUCUUCUCUGCGCAUGGAUAUCCCAGCUCUGUGGCAUACCUCACCUAUUUCACUAAGAUGGCAACAAGCAAGGUCUUCAUCCGGGAUUUGACUCCAUUCAAUGCAUACUCGUUGCUCCUCUUCUGUGGUUCCAUCACUCUUGACACAAUGGGCCGUGGACUUGUGGUAGACGGCUGGCUCCGGCUACGUGGUUGGGCAAGAAUCGGUGUUCUUGUUUCCCGCCUGCGAACAAUGUUAGAUGAGGCUCUUGCUGCGCGGAUUGAUAGCCCGGCACAGGGCUCGGAUGGUGGGGCCGGCGACAAAGUGAUUGAGGCUGUGAAAAGAUUAAUUGAGUUCAAUGGGCUAGACCAAUGA